GUGGACUCCCGCCAAGAUUUUCAAACAUCAAAAUAUUUACAUUGCAAAUUUGCAAGGCGUGUCCAUACGUCAUGAAGUUUGUUGUUAAUGAAUUGUUAAAUAAUUAAUCAUUCACAAUUUCUGACGAGGUUUAUAAAAUACCGAAAGAAUCAAAAUGAGUGUGGAGACGAAAGAUUACCCCAGAGCCUCUGGUCACCUAGUAAAUGGGGCCCUUUUAUCCUACAUUGCAGGACUGUUGCUUCUGAUAGCGUUUUGCAGCCCGUAUUGGGUGCAAUCGUUCGAAGAAACCUUUUCAUCGUUUAAAAACAUGGGACUUUGGGAAUAUUGCUUUGAGAAUUUUCGCUUUCCCUAUUACCAGUUUGAUCACUUGUUCGACGGUUGUAAUCACGUUUUUAGUUUCGAGUACAACGUUAUUCGAGAAUGGAUGUUACCCGGAUGGUUAAUUGUCGUCCAAACAUUUGUAACUGUAUCGUUUUUAUUAAGCUUUUCCUCGCAAAUUGUAAUGGCUUGCCAAUUGUGCAGGUGGCCUUUGGAGUUUGUGCUCCAGUACGAGUGGAUUAUAUGUAUUUUUGACUUUAUAUGCAUCACAUUAACUGCAUUUCUGAUGUUUUUGUCCGUUGCGAUUUUUGGAGGUUCCCACGCUCGUCGUGAUUGGCUAAUGUAUCCAAAUUGGAAUUACUUAAGCUGGUCGUACGGAUUGGCCGUCAUUUCAUUCUUUUUCCACGCAUUUGCAGCAAUCUUCUUGUAUUUUGCUGCUCGUCAAGCAUACGAGUUGAGACGCGAAUCUCGCAAUUUAAUUAUGCAAAUGCAUCCGAGCCAGCAUCGCCUUGGCUGGUGAAUCUAAAGUCGUUGGUCUGUAUUUUUAGAUGUAGGAAACGCACAAUUAUGUAUGUGCCUAUUGAUAUUGCACGAUAAUAAUUGUUAGAAUCUUAAAAAGUAAAUUGAUAUUAUCAAGAUAGGUAGCUUGUAUUUUCAAAUAGUAUUAGCAUACUUACCUAUUUAGAUGGGAUGGUUGUUGGAAAAGAGUUUUAUUAUUUUACUACAAAUGACUUGCAGUUCAAGUCGGUGAUCUAAAAUGCCUAAUCAAUUUUAAGUACAAAUCUAUUAUACAAAGUUUUGUAUUUUUUUAUUAUGAUCAAGGACCAAUAAGUAUAUUUUUAUAUAUGUUGUAAUGUGAAAAUAAGUAAUGGAAUGGUUUCACAAGUAGCACGAUGGGGCUUUUCUGAUAAUGUAUGUGAUUCUUUUUUGAUAAUUUAUUUGUAUUGCUAUGUGAAAUUUUAUGACAAUUUUAAAUAUUUUUAGUGUGUUUAACCAUGGGUAUGAUAGGUAUUAUUAUUCCGUCCUCUCAGGAUAUUAUAUUAUGCUAAUGAUUUGUAUAAAUUUUAAUGAUUUUGUAAUAAAUAUUUACAACAAUAAUA